CCAGCUUGCGUCACUGCCUCAGAGCAGAGAAGAGCGAGCUCGGGGAGCGAGACAAGUUUGAAGGGGAGGACUGGUGCGAGCGAGGCAGCCCCCGCGGCUCUGCUCGCCCACCGCCCGACCCUUUCCUCUCUUCUCCUCCGGCUGCUCUUUCUGCCCGCACCUAUUCCCUGAAAACCCCUUAUUUAGCCAAAAGAAGGAGGUAAGGGGAACCCUCUCCCCUCCCCCUCAAAAAAAAAAACAAAACUUUUUCAGUCCGGAGAAAGCAGAGGACCGAGUGGUCACCAGCUGGCCAUGGAGCUUCUGUGCUGCGAGGUGGACCCGGUCCGCAGGGCCGUGCGGGACCAAAACCUGCUGCAGGACGACCGCGUUCUGCAGAAUUUGCUCACCAUCGAGGAGCGCUACCUCCCGCAGUGCUCCUACUUCAAGUGCGUGCAGAAGGACAUCCAGCCCUACAUGCGCAGGAUGGUGGCCACCUGGAUGCUGGAGGUAUGUGAGGAACAGAAGUGUGAAGAAGAGGUCUUCCCUCUGGCCAUGAAUUACCUGGACCGCUUUCUGGCCGGGGUGCCGACUCCUAAGUCCCAUCUCCAACUCCUGGGUGCUGUCUGCAUGUUCCUGGCCUCCAAGCUCAAAGAGACCAUCCCGCUGACUGCGGAAAAGUUGUGCAUUUACACCGACAACUCCAUCAAGCCUCAGGAGCUGCUGGAGUGGGAACUGGUGGUGCUGGGGAAGUUGAAGUGGAACCUGGCUGCUGUCACUCCUCAUGACUUCAUCGAGCACAUCCUGCGCAAGUUGCCCCAGCAGAGAGAGAAGCAAUCUCUGAUCCGCAAGCACGCGCACACCUUCAUCGCCCUGUGUGCCACCGACUUCAAGUUUGCCAUGUACCCGCCAUCCAUGAUCGCAACUGGAAGUGUGGGGGCAGCCAUCUGUGGGCUCCAGCAGGAUGAGGAAGUGAGCUCGCUCACUUGCGAUGCCCUGACUGAGCUGCUGGCCAAGAUCACCAACACGGAUGUGGAUUGUCUCAAAGCCUGCCAGGAGCAGAUUGAGGCGGUGCUUCUCAAUAGCCUGCAGCAGUACCGCCAGGACCAGCGUGAUGGAUCCAAGUCGGAGGAUGAACUGGACCAAGCCAGCACCCCUACAGACGUGCGGGAUAUUGACCUGUGAGGAUGCCAUUCGGGCCGAAAGAGAGAGGCGCAUUCGUAAUCUGCUCUCUCCUUCUCUCUGGUUAUGUUUUGUUCUUUGUGUUUUAGGAUGAAACUUAAAAAAAAAAAAAAAUUCUGCCCCCCACCUAGAUCAUAUUUAAAGAUCUUUUAGAAGUGAGAGAAAAAGGUCCUAUAAAAACAGAAUAAUUAAAAGCAUUUGGUGCCUAUUCAAAGUACAACAUAAGGGAAUCCCCUGUAUAUGCGAACAGUUAUUGUUUGACUAUAUAAAAGCAAUAGUAAAAUGCUUACAGGAAAACCUGCAGAGUAGCUAGAAAGUAUGUACGCCUGCAAUAUGGGAACAAAUUAGAGGAGACUUUUUUUUUCAUGUUAUGAACUAGCACAUACACCCGUUUUAGUAUAAUUUCCAGGAAUUGUGUACGCCAUUUAUGGCAUGAUUAGAUUGCAAAGCAAUGAACUCAAGAAGGAAUUAGAAAUAAGGAGGGACACGAUGGGGAGGGAGUACAAAACAAUCUCUCAACAUGAUUGAACCAUUUUGGACUUAGAAGCAACUUCGCUCUCAACCACCCGUCACUAAGCCAAGAGUAUUGUCAGAUCUCUGUAUUAUGUCCUUUUGUUGUCUACAGUAGCUGCUACCUAAAAAAUGUUUUACUUUGCCAGUUGGACACAGGCAAUUGGUUCCUAGGUUUCCCGUUUUGUGAUAUCCUUCCUGCUUCUUCUUCCAAACGUGGUUCGUUGCAGACACCACCAUACUGUUAUCCAAUGGGGAUAACUUAGCUAUGGGCCGUAACCAAAACUCAGAUGAAAUGGGGACAGAUGGAGACCAAGGGCGGGAUCUGGAAUGCAAUCUUUUCUCUUACUGUAUUCAAGAGGGUAAUGUGACCUUGGCAUCCCUUAUUAGGAAAAACUAAUUUUUGGUGCUGAUUGGCAUGUCUGGUUCACAGUUUAGCAUUGUUAUAAACCAUUCCAUUCGAAAAGCACUUUGAAAAAUUGUUCUCGAGGGAUAGAUGGGAUGGUUUAUGCAAAUCAUGCUGAAUACUCCUUCCCUCUUCUCUUUGUCCCUUCCUGUCCUGCCCCAGUGUAGGUCCCUAUUCACUUCUGGUAUCUGACAUUCUCUGGUACGUAGUUCUGGUGCCCCUACCAGGACUCGAGAGACACCCUUUCUGCUGACAUUCCCAUCACAACAUUCCUCAGAAAAGCCUAAAAACAAAGAUGUUACCAUUUUUAUGGCACAUCUUAAUUCCCAUCUAUAUACUCUCCUUUGGACAUGGAAAGAAAAGUUAUUGCUAGUGCAAAGGAAGACAGCUGAACAUCAGGUGUGGCAUUUUGUUCCCUUUUCCGUUUUCUGUUAAUUUUAUUGCAAAGUUGUAUUCAGCGUACUUGAAUUUUUUUUUUCCUCUCCACUUCUUAGAGGCAUUCAGUUAGCAAAGAUGUUGGAGCAACAACUUUUUUUUUUUUUUGCACAAUUGUAAUUGACAGGUAAUGAAGCUAUUUGUUAAAAUAUUUGCAUUUUUUAAGUAAAAAA